AUGGGGUUACACCAGGGAUCAGCUCUUAGCCCAUUUUUAUUCUCCUUGGUGAUGGAUGGAUUGACGCGACAAAUUCAAGGUGAGGUGCCAUGGUGUAUGUUAUUUGCGGAUGACAUAGUCCUGAUUGACGAGUCUCGCAGCGGGAUUAACGCUAAGCUGGAGGUUUGGAGACAAACUCUGGAGUCUAAAGGGUUCAAGUUGAGUAGGACCAAGACAGAGUACUUGGAGUGCAAGUUCAGUGAUAUAGUGCAUGAGGCUGACGUGGAAGUGAAGCUUGGCACCCAGGUCAUACAGAAGAAAGAUAGUUUCAAGUAUCUUGGGUCUAUUAUACAAGGAAAUGGGGAGAUUGAUGAUGACGUCACACACCGUAUUGGUGCAGGGUGGAUGAAAUGGAGGCUUGCCUCCGGAGUGUUGUGUGACAAGAAGGUGCCACCGAAACUUAAAGGCAAGUUCUACAAAGUGGUGGUUAGACCAACUAUGUUGUAUGAGGCGGAGUGUUGGCCAGUCAAGAAAUCUCAUGUUCAGAAGAUGAAAGUGGCAGAAAUGAGAAUGUUGCGAUGGAUGUGUGGGCACACUAGGAGCGAUAGGAUUAGGAAUGAAGUCAUCUGAGACAAGGUUGGAAUAGCCUCAGUGGAAGACAAGAUGCGGGAAGCGAGGC